ACUAUGUGUAUUAUUUCAUCCACACAAUAAAACUUUUAUCUCUCACUCUCUCCCUCUUUGCUCAUUUACUUUCUUGUUCUUGCAAACAUGCGUCCACCAAUGAAGAAAAUUGAUUACAAAGUUGGAGAUAAAGUUGAAGUAUGUAGCAAAGAAGAAGGGUUUAUGGGUUCAUAUUAUGAAGCCACAAUUGCUUCUUGUCUUGAUAAUGGAAGAUAUGUGAUUUGUUACAAAAAUCUUCUUAAAGAUGACGAGUCUGGACUUCUCACUGAAACACUUCUUCCAAAGGAUCUUCGUCCAUCACCGCCACGUGUUCGUAACCCUUCAAAGUUCCAACUCAAUCAAACAGUUGAUGUUUUUGAUAACGAUGGUUGGUGGGUAGGAAAAAUCAUCAGCGAGAAGAUCCUCAUGGAAAAGAAUUAUUACUAUAAUGUGUAUUUUGAUUAUACUAAUCAAACGAUUUACUACCCUUGUGAUAAAAUUAGGGUACAUCAUGAGAUGAUGUUUAGUGGAGAGUGGUUUAUGGAAGCUUAAGAGUCAUAUACAUCGUUGAAAUGAAAAGCUAAAUUUAGUUUUUUUUCUCUUCAACAUUGUCUCUUUCAAUUAAAGUUUCUUAUUUAUAAUUUUAUCAUUCAUAAUUGAAUAAUUUA